AUGCCUCCUGUCUCUCGUUACUCUCCUCCCCCCUCUCCUUCUUCCUCCCUCCAUGUUCCUGCAGAUUCCUCGCGUUCCGAUCGCCAUCGCCAUCCCCAUUCUGCAGAAGUGGAACUCGACCGUCUAGCAUGCAGCACGGACAAGGGUGAACGCGAACAUCGAUAUCUAACUCCCCGAACGGACCACCGCCGCAAUCUCUCCUCUUCCUCCUCCCUGGACCUUCCCUCCGACACGAACUCCGCCGACGACGACCCCCUCCUCCCACGCGGCCGCAGUGCACAGAUGAAGCGCAAGGUACGGACGGUCUCCAAGCGUCGCUCCAAGCCGACUUUGACCAUUGAAACCAACGGUAACGGGCAUGGGAACGACGAGAUGAAUUCCAACGUCGAAAUGCGCAAGAGGGACACCUCCCUCGAGUCCUCCACCACGGCCCGCGCCUCGCGCCUCAUGCAGCGGCCCAGCUUCUCCCUCGACCACGACCCCCCUAUCACCCCGCAAACCCCGGCCUUGACCACGACCAGCUUCGCCAAUCUGCCGCGCAGCGACCGCAGGAAUUUUCUCCUGCUCUGCGUGCUAUACUUCCUGCAGGGUGUGCCCAUGGGCCUGGCUACCGGGUCCGUCCCGUUCCUCUUGAAACCGUACCUCUCGUACGGACAGAUUGGUGUCUUCUCGCUCGCGUCGUAUCCAUACUCGCUGAAAUUGUUGUGGAGUCCCAUUGUCGACGCGGUCUGGAGUCGCAGGUUUGGUCGACGCAAGAGUUGGAUUACCCCCGUUCAGGUCAUCGCCGGUCUGGCGAUGAUCUACCUGGGCGGACGCAUCGGGCCGAUGAUGGAACAAGCCGGGGCCAACGGGGGCGCGGGUGUCUGGAAUUUCACAUAUUGGUGGUUCUUGCUGGUCUUUUUCUGCGCCACGCAGGAUAUCGCCGUGGACGGAUGGGCCAUCACGCUGAUGUCGCCGCCUAACAUUUCGUACGCCUCGACUGCGCAGACGGUCGGACUGACGGCCGGCCACUUCUUGUCGUACACCGUGUUCCUGGCGUUCAAUUCGAAGGAAUUCGCCAAUCGCUGGUUCCGGACGAUUCCGGCGGACGAGGGUCUCCUGUCAUUGGGCUCGUACUUGACCUUCUGGGGAUGGGCGUAUCUGGUCGUCACUCUCUGCUUGGCCAUGAUGAAGAAGGAAGACAAGACGCAGGACCGGGACAGUAUCAUGGAUGUCUACCGCAGCAUGUGGAAUGUGCUGAAGUUAAGGAACAUUCAGACCAUCAUCCUGGUCCACCUGAUCGCCAAGAUCGGCUUCCAGGCCAACGAUGGCGUGACCAGUUUGAAAUUGCUGGACAAGGGGUUCGGCCAAGACAACAUGGCGCUAGUGGUGCUUAUCGACUUUCCCUUUGAGAUCUGUCUGGGGUACUACGCCGGCAAGUGGUCCACGGAGUACACGCCCAUGCGGCUGUGGUGCUGGGCGUUCAUGGGCCGCUUGGCGGCCGCUGUUUUGGCUCAGGCCACCGUGAUGAUCUUCCCAUCCGGGACGGAUAUUCCUUUCUGGUACCUGUUGGCUGUGAUUGGUGAGCAUGUUGUCUCGACUUUUAUGAACACCGUCAUGUUCGUGGCCGUGUCUGCCUUCCAUGCACGCAUCGCCGACCCUGCCAUUGGAGGCACCUACAUGACCAUGUUGGCCACGGUCUCCAAUCUCGGCGGCACAUUUCCUCGAUACUUCAUCCUCAAGCUGGUGGAUAUGUUCACGGAGGCAAACUGUGUGCCUCCGUCUGUGCCACCUCCCGCGGAGGAAUUGAAAGGUGACCUCGUCACGUCGGCCUUCUCCUGCGCUCUGGAGCCGGAUAAGGCGCUCUGCGUCAACGGUGGUGGUACCUGUCACACCAUCCGGGAUGGUUACUAUACCACGAACAUUCUCUGCGUGCUGAUCGGCACGGUUACAUUCAUUCUGUUCAUCAAGCCGGCGGUGUUGAAAUUGCAGAACCUUCCUCUGCGAGCGUGGCGGUUGACUCCUGGUCGUCAAUAA